AUGGUUGUGACAGAGGUGGUGGUAGUGGUAACAUCAGAAGAUGUGGUAGUGAUGGUUUUGAUAGUAAAGGGGGUCAAUGAGGAGGUGGUGUUGACUAAUUGUGAAGACGAUGAUGAUAGUGGUAGAUGUGGUAUUGGGUGGUAUAUGUGUGAGGUAGAGGUUUCAGCAUCAAUGAUUGUUGGAGUCGAUUGUCAGAUAUUUCUUCUUUCCGAUUCCAGGUUUUGCCAUUUUGGAUGAGCAUUUGUGGAUAUUUGUGUGUGUGUUUGUGGUGAUUCAAAUUUGAAUUAUGUGACAAUAUUUGUAAUUAAUAUUCAGUUUUGAUGAUUAGGUAACAUUGUGGAAGGAUUUUUGAUAAUGUAAUAUAUAAAAAAUCGAUGUAAC